AUGAGGUUUCAAUCGCCAGCAGUGGUAGCAUUAGCUGCCCUGCCUACCGUCUUCGGCAUCACGCCCGAGUCUAUGCUCGCUGCGAAUCGUUAUGGCGCUGCUGCACCAAACCCCAGCGGUGACUUCGCUCUCUACACCGUAUCGAAUUACACAUUCGAGACUAAGAAGAGGUCAUCGCACUGGAAUAAACUUGACCUGAAGACCGGCGAAAUCUCCGUUUGGUAUGAGGGUUCUGAUAUUUCAGAAGUUGUCUUUGUCGGGUCCAAACCCACAAGUAUUAUCUACGUCAAUGGCACGAACGCGGAAGACGACGGCGGCAUAAGUUUGUACUCUGCCGAUGCCGACUCCCUAGAAGAUGCCAAAUUGAUUACUUCUCUACCCACCCGCACCAUACUCGGGUCUCAAGGCUGUCCAGACCGCAUCCGGCGAUAUUCACUUCCUCCCAGCACGGCUAGGAUCUACACAGAGACUUACGUUCGACAUUGGGACACAUGGCUUGAUGAUAAGAAAAACGCUGUUUUUGGCGGUGUGCUGAAGGGAGGCAAUGGCUCCUACUCAUUCUCCGGGGAUCUCACGAACUACGUCUCCGGCAUUGCUAAUGUCACCCGUGCCGAGAGCCCCUACGAUCAGAGUGACGAGAGCGAUUACGAUAUUUCGCCUGACGGCUGCGGUGUUGUCUUCCUGACCAAGGAUCCCUCGCUCCCAUUGGCUAACAAUACCGCCGACGUGAUUUACUACGUGCCGUUCGAUGGCACUUCGAAGGACGCCGUUCCGAUCAAUGCUAGAGGUACGACGAAGUAUCUUGAAGCCCAAGGCGCAGCCACGAGCCCCAGAUUCUCGCCUUCUGGAAAGAAAAUCGCGUACUUCCAGAUGAACGAUAUUUCCUACGAGUCAGACCGUAAUAUCGUCUACGUUGCCAACGCGGACUCGGAAGAUUUUAACGUGACUGCCCUUGCACUAGACUGGGACAGGUCGCCAGACAGCUUAGCAUGGUCCAAGGACUCAGAGACCCUCUUUGUCGCCGCUCCAGACCUAGGCCGGGAACGUAUCUUCCCUCUCCCUCUUACCGCCGGUGAUUCGUAUGUACCCAAGAACAUCACCAACGAAGGAGUGCCUUCUGCAUUCUACGUCCUGCCUGACGAUUCUAUCCUCGUAUCCGAUUCCAAGAUCUGGACGAGUCGGGAUAUCUACACCGUUUCGCCGGAAGGUGAUGUUAUCAAGACAUAUUUCCAAGCUAAUCUGGUCGACCCUGCUCUUGCCGGCCUUGGACCGGAGGAUGUAUCCGAGUUCUAUUAUUCGACCAACACUUCUGAAAUCGAGCAGCAAGCCUGGAUUGUCUACCCAGAAGGCUUCGAUGAAAGCAAAACUUACCCGUUAGCUUUCAUUACGCACGGCGGUCCCCAGGGUGCCCACUUCAACUCGUGGAGUACACGAUGGAACUUCAAGGUUUGGGCAGACCAGGGCUACGUCGUCAUUGCACCAAACCCGACGGCGAGUUCAGGUUGGGGUCAGAACUUGACAGAUGCCAUCCAAGGCCGAUGGGGGCUAUACCCUUACUGGGACCUCGUACACGUCUGGGAUUACGUCAAUAGCACUCUGAAGUAUGUCGAUACGGAGAAUGGUAUCGAAGCCGGUGCAUCCUUUGGCGGAUAUAUGACAAACUGGAUUCAAGGACAUGAGCUUGGAAGGCGAUUUAAGGCUCUCGUGACGCAUGAUGGCAGCACAUCAACACUGAACCAGUACGCUAGCGAGGAGCUGUGGUUCAUGAACCACGAUUUUAGCGGUCAAUUCAACUCGACCAGUUUCGUUCAGGGCUCGCCGUACUAUGAAUGGAACCCCUUGUUGUAUGUGGAUAAUUGGGCGACGCCUCACUUCGUGGUCCACAACUCGCUAGACUACCGACUACCUGUUAGUGAAGGCAUCCUCCUCUUCAACCUACUUCAAACGAAGGGCGUGCCGAGCAAGCUACUCAACUUCCCAGACGAGAACCAUUGGGUUUUGAACCAAGAGAACAGUUUGGUCUGGCACACCGAAAUAUUCAAAUGGAUUAAUCACUAUAGUGGUAUCAGUAAUUCAUCGAGUCCUUAUUAG